AUGAAGUACUGGUCUCCCUUAUUUAUUUGUUCCCUGCUCUUCGGAGCGGCUUCUGCAAACAGCGCCGUCUCUUCAGACUGCAUCUCAACACAUCUACUUCCAGUCAUUACCACUUCUGCUUCUGCUCUUAUUCUGACUGAUCUGAUGCCCGAAGCAACUUCUGUUUCAAACAAGUUGCCAGAGCCUCACUCUGAAUCUGCUCCGGGCGCAGUCAAUACUCAAAAGACUAGCCCUGUAUCGGUUGAACCAAUCGUCCAUGGCGGUAUCCCUACUAUGUCUGGUGAAGGCUCUGGGAAGCCGGCCACCGCUGCCUCUACACCAUCUUCAUCCACCCACCCUGUUCACGUCUCUGGGGCCUCCAACGAGGGUACUAGCAAGACUGGUAGAGCUGCAUUUGCGGCGCUGGCUCUUGCCUUGAUCAUUCAGUCGGCUGGCUCAAUGUGA